UGAUGAUAAAAUAAUAAUUGUGAGAACGUAUAAACUAUCACAAUAUCCCAACAAUAUUUUCAAAAAAAUCAUACACCGAAAGAGUCUUCCUACUAAUUAUUCUUUCUCUACAUAGUCUAAGAAAAUUAUUCAAUGAUAUCAAGACAAGUAGCUGAGUCAGCCCAUUAACACAAGGACAAAACCGGAACUAUAAAAAAAAAACCAUUCUCUUUGCUUUCACCUCUCUCCCACUCCGCGAUACCGAACAUCACAACCAAUAACAACUCCCAAAACACAAACCUCCCCAACACAAUUACCAUCCUACCCUUUUAAAUCCUCUCACGUCUCCACAGGCCGCCGGAGUAGCCACCAUGGAGUCGUCACCAAUCAACCGUCUCCCACCGGACUCACUCCACCAGAUCUUCUCCUCCCUCCCUCUCCGCCAAAUCAUCAUCUGCAGAUCCGUCUGCAAAUUCUUCAACCACCUCUUGACCUCACAAUCCUUCACAGAGAUCAUCUCCACGCGUCCUCCUCUCAACCUCCUCGCUCUCCGUCCUCCGCACCACCACAGACACCGCCACGCGGCGAAUUCUCAUCCCUACAUCAACGUGUACGAUCCGGACGAGGAUCAGUGGCUCAGAUUCAGCCUCGAUUUCCUCCCUUUCAGGUCUCCGCAGCCUGUGGCUUCCUCCAACGGGUUGAUCUAUCUUUGGGGUGACUCGGUUAACUCGGUUGACUCGAGUAAGUCGCUCGUGGCGUGUAAUCCGCUGACUCGGCAGUUUAAGGUGUUGCCUCAGCUUGGCUCGGCUUGGUCGAGGCAUGGUACAGUUCUUGUGGAUUCGGUUAAUAGAGUCAUGGUCCUUACCGAGCUUGCUGCUCUGUAUUACUCAGGAUCGGUGGUGGCUAACCAGUGGCUAAAAUUCUCAUCGAACUUACCGUCGAAGCCAAGAAGCCCUGUGUUAACGUCGACCUCUGUGUUCGCAUUAUGCGACGUGGGAUCACCGUGGAGAAGCCAGUGGAAGCUCUUUUCUUGUAGGCUUACAAGUCUCACAGUCACUCACACGAACUGGACUUGUUUGGAGAAGCACGAGUGGGGAGAUAUCUUUGAUAUUAUAAAACGACCGCGUUUGCUGAGAGGGGAAGGCGAGUCGAAGUUGCUGAUGAUUGGUGGGUUGAAGUCGACGUUCUCCUUGAACCCGGCGUGUUCGACGAUUCUGAUACUUAGGCUUUGUUUAGAGAGCUUGGAGUGGGAGGAAGCGGGGAGGAUGCCGCUUGAGAUGUAUAGAGGGUUUCAAGAGUCAAGUAAGUUUAAGGUUUUUGGAGGUGGUGAUAGGGUUUACUUCUCUGCUAAGAGGAUGGGGAAGCUUGCAAUGUGGGAUUGUUGGGAAGGGUGGAGAUGGGUUGAUGGUGUUUCGGGUUAUGGUGAUGGGUUGUGUCGUGGGUUUGUGUUUGAAGCUAAGCUUACAUUGAUGCAAUGAAUGGUUGUUUGUGCUUUUGUUGUUAUUGUUGGUGUUUAUUGAUGUGUUUUUAUCUCUUUGUCAUGGUGCUUUAUGUUGUUCUUGAAUUUAAAGACUGUGGUUAUAAGAGUUACAUCUCUCUUUCAAAUGUUCUUUGAUUUUCCUUGUUAGUCAACUCUAACAUCAAUCAUACGUAUGCUUGAUUUCAAAGUAUACUUCGUCCAUUAUACAUAUGCAUCUGAUGAUGAUAUCAUUAGCUUGAAAUGGAAGGAACGUGGUUGAUGAUGCAGAUUUGCUAUUAAC